AUGUUGGUCUGCUGGAUUUUAUUAAUAUCCGCAAUUCUACUCGAUGCUGACAGUUUGCCGGGAUGCCAUCCAAUUUCAACAACAACCAAAUAUCAAGAUGCACUUUUUGUAUUUGUUUAUGACAGAACAUCCGACGCGUCUAUAGUGAGUUGGAAGAAUUAAUUGAUUAACUAAUUAAUUAAUUAAUUAUUUAUAGUCGGAUGCAAAGCGCUACAUUUUCAAACAAAUAUCGUGUCACAUUCCAAGAGCCGAUAAUCUUGUUUUUUAUGUUUUGGAAUACGCAAAAAUGCAAGGAAGGACAGUUUCGGAGACGGGUUUUGUGGAUAGCGACGGAGCCGCGGACGAACUUGAGACGGCUUACAAAACAGGUAAAAACUUGAUUAGAUAACACGUAAAUUUGAGAGAGAGAGACAGAGAAAUCAGACGUUAGAGACGCAGAGAAGCCAUAAAAUUAGAUAUCAGUUUGAGUCUGGAAUGAUAAUUUUCAGAUGAAUUGUUUUCAUUUUUCAUGACUUUUUUCAUGAAAUUUUCAAGUUUUUUCACCCCCAUCUUCGAAAUUUUCCAAAAGUUCAGAAAUUUGUCUAGAAACAACCAUGUCUAAUUCUCUGCGUCUCUAACUUCCCGCCUGUCUGACCUCUCUCAAUUCUACAUGCUCUCUAAUCAAACGAAGUGGUACUAGGUAUAGUUGGACAUCGAUUAAAUGAGAUUUUCAGAUUUUUUAAGCAAAUGAGUUGAAAUAUUGGGUUCUAAUGUUAUUCAUAUGAUAUAAUGGUCUAAGACGAACAGAAUGAUAUAAAUUUUGAUGAAUUUACGUUAAUCAUAAGUGAUUUAGCGAUGUUUAGUCGAUAUUUAGUCGAUAAGGUCGCUAAAUCACUUAUGGAUAACAUAAAUUCAUCAAAAUUCAUAUCAUUCUGUUCGUCUUAGACCAUUCUAUCAUAUGAAUAACAUUAGAACCCAAUAUUUCAACUCAUUUGCUUAAAAAAUCUGAAAAUCUCAUUUAAUCGAUGUCCAAAUAUACCUAAUACCACUUCGUUUGAUUAGAGAGCAUGUAGAAUUGACAGUGGUCAGACAGGUGGAAAGUUAGAGACGCAGAGAAACCAGACAAUUAGACAUGGUUGUUUCUAGGAAAUUCUGAAAUUUGGGAAAAUUUCGAUGGUGGAGUGGAAAAGCUUGGAAAUUUUAUGAAAAAGUCAAGAAAUCCAAAAAAUUUGAAAUUUUCGGUCAAAAAUCGAUUUAUCUGAAAAUUAUCAUUCCAUACUCGAACUGAUAUCUAAUUGUAUGGCUUCUCUGAGUCUCUCAAUUCUACAUGCUCUCUAAUCAAGCGAAACGAGUGAAAUCUUAAAAAUAUUUAUUGCUUAUAGGUAGUGAGGACCCGCUACCAUGUGAACGAUACAACAAAACCAUCCACGAAUUCAAAAACUACGAAAAGGUGAAAAAUCACAAAAACAUCAAAUACAUCAUGUUCUUUCAAACCAGCAGUGCUUGUCUCAACAAUUUGGUUGUCGCUGAAGAAAAUAGACACAUUAUAUUUUAUCACAAACCAGCUGAAUUCUUAUUGUUGGAUAAAAAUGGAAUUUUGAAAAUCGAUAGGUCUGCGAAGAAUGCAACGGAUGGUUUGGUUAAAUUUGUGGAUCGAAUGUGAGAGUUAGAAAACUAAAACUAAAACAAGCCUGAAAUAAUUUCAGAAUAGCUAAAAACCUUAUUGCAAUUCAAGAACCCGUCACAUCGACUGCGAUUCCUCGAAAAGAAGAAGAAAAAACUAAAGAAGUCGAAACUCCCAUUGAAACUUGGAUUUUUGGAAGUUUCGAUGUUAUUUUGUUCUGCGCACUUCUUGCUUCAACAAUUUUUAUAUUUUUGAAAAAACGGAAAAUGAAGCCCAACCUUCAAAGUUCUAAGAAAACCUCCAGUUUUUCGAAAAAAUGA